UGUGACUUCCAUUAGAUUCUUAAAAUCCACAACAUCGAUGUGUAACCUUAAAAAAACAAUUAAUUGAAAAUCAAAUACAAAUAAUUAACCGAUUAAGAAAUAAUUCAGAAAACAUUAGAAUAUUUUUAAUCUAUUAUUAUUUUUCUUAUGUUCGCAUAAAUCUUUAAAGCAUUUCAUUUUCUCUCGAGAAUGUAUAUCGUUUAUCGGAAUAUCGAUUAUUUAACAACAAGAAUUAAGUACACGUUAUCAUGAAAUAAGUGUUACUUGAAAUUUGUAUAUAUGCAAGACUUGCAUUUUAAAGAGAGAUCGAAUAUUUAUUGAAUCUAUUAAUUAUAUGAUUUUUUCAUUAUAACUGUGUUUUCAAAGUACUUACGUGAUAUGUAAACAUUGCGUUUAUCUGUCAUCACAUAUGUUUUUGGUGAUGCUAAUAUUAUAAACAUCACCGUAUGAUAUUUUACUUCAUUAAAUUAUCAUAUAUUAAACAUUGAACUUUGUAUUUUCAAAGAUUCUGUUUCUGUAGUUACAAAGAAAAGACAUUAUUAAUAUUGAGAGAUUAUUCGUGAUUUUUGGUGAAAACAAAGAAAAGUAAUAAAAUAUUUAAAAAUGCAACAAAAUGAAUUGAUUGAUUUAUUGGAGCAAAGAAGGAAAGAUUCUGAUUUUUCAUGGGUUUCUAGACACAUGAAAAUACAAAUGCCUCAUAUGCUACCACCAGAAUUAAAUUUAUCUAGAAAUCAAAUAAUAAAUACAGUAUUAAAUAGUCCACGCAUAAAAGAAGUGAUUAGUUAUUUAGCAAAAAGUCAAAAUGUUUAUACAUAUGUUAUUGAACGAAAAGCUUAUGCUAUUUUGCAGGAAAUGGCAAGUAAGGCUCAUUUACCUACAGUUCGUUGGCUAGGUUUCUUUAUUAUCAAGACUUUGAAGAAGAUCUUUCGCAAUCUUUAUAUAAAUGAAGGAAUGAUAUUUAAUUUAAAAAAACAAAUGUCUAGUUUUCAAGUACAAUAUAUAUAUGUACCAUCACAUAGAAGUUAUCUGGAUUUUAUUUUACUAUCAUGUAUUCUCUUUAAUUACGAUAUGUCAUUACCAAAUAUUGCAAGUGGGAUGGAUUUUUAUCAAAUGAAAUUUAUUGGAGAAAUAUUACGUAAAACUGGAGCAUUUUAUAUGAGACGUAGUUUUUCUAAUGAUUUAUUAUAUAAAGAAAUUUUUAAAACAUAUGUUAGCUAUCUUGUAAAUCAUAAUGAUAGAGCAAUUGAAUUUUUCAUCGAAGGUACUCGUAGUAGAAGUCAAAAAAGUAUUGAACCUAAAUAUGGUUUCUUAUCUGUCAUUUUGGACACUUAUCUUCAAAGUACUGUACCUGAAAUUCAGUUUCUUCCAAUUAGUAUCAGUUAUGAUCGCCCACUAGAAGAAAAAUUAUUUGUCUAUGAACUACUAGGGGUACCAAAGCCAAAAGAAACAACAACUGCUUUCCUGCAAUCUUUGCUUAUGUUAAAAAAUCUUGUUUCUUAUGGAUCAGUAUUUUUCAAUAUUGGCGAACCUAUUUCUGCCUCACAAUAUAUAACAUCGAAGGAUCGUAAAACCAAGAUUAUAAAUCCUGAUUAUAAAUUACCAUCAACUGUUAUAGAGAACUUAGCAUAUGACAUAAUAUAUACUCAUCAAAAAAAUACAAUCCUUACAACUUUUAAUAUAAUUGCUUUGUUGUUUAAUGAAAGAGUACAAACGUAUCCUGCAAAUCCAUACACUCUUCAAACAUUGGCAGAAGAUUACAAAUGGUAUAAAAACUGGCUCUCAUCAUUAGGAGCUAUGAUUCAUCCUUCAAUUGAGAAUAUGACUACAGAUGAAUUAUAUAAUGAAAUAUUAGUAUCAUUAGACACACAUUCAGAAUUGCUUACAUUAGAUGAAUCAAAAAUGUUGAACUUAAAAAAUAUGUAUGUAGAAAUGAAAUCAGAAAAAUAUACAAAUAUAAAGGGACAUAAUUUGAAUAAACGUACUAUGGAAGUAGCUGUACCAGCUAUUAAUUUAACUAUUUAUGUAAAUCCUACUUUAUUUUUUCUUGCGAAAUUAGGGAUUAUUACUGCAACAGUUGGAUUAGACAGUAUUCAUAUUGACAAAGCCUUUGAACGAUAUGUUCUACUAAGGAAAUUAUUAAGUACAGAGUUUGCAUUAUUUUUAAAUGCAAGUUCUUCUGUAAUUAAUUUAGAAUGGAAAAAAUCAAUUGAUAUUUUGGUGAAAGAAGGCUGUUUAUAUAUUCAAAAUGAUUUAAUUACAGGACAGAAAACUGCAUUGUUUUCUCUUCUGCAUAAUCUUAUAUUACCAUUUAUUGAUGCAGCGUGUUUUACCUGUACUACUUUAUUAAAUUGGAAUGAAUCAAUAUUGGGUACAAUAACAAACCAAAAAGUAUUGAAAGAAUGUCAGAAGCAAGUAGAAAUUGCAUUAUUUGAAGAAAAAAAUUCUCGUCCUCAUCCAUACUGUCUAUCACUUGAUCUUUUUAAAUCUACAUUGUCUAAUCUUUUACAACAAGGUAUUGUUGUAACAUCUGAUAAAGAAGGUAUUUAUUUUGUAGAUAAAAUACAAAUGGAAUAUCUUAUUUUAAAAUUACACCAGCUCCCAUUACUACAUCCUUUGGGAUUUUAUAGUGAUAUUUCUUUAUCACCAUUAAAUACUUCCGUACAUAUACAAGCAAAAUUAUAAAAAUAUAUGUACUAUAUAUUAACAAAAUUUAUACUGUUUUUGGACAUAUCUACAUGUUCAUUUUUUGAUUCUCUUAUAAUCGAUUAUGUACAAUUGUGUAGUAGACGUAUUAGAGUAUAACUUAUUAUUAAUACCUUAGUAAUAUAUUAAAUGUUUAUACAUACAAAUACAGUUUAAAAAUGACUUAUUUAUACAUUAAAAUGGAUAUAAUUUGUAUCA